GUGAAUUUUAACCUCAGGCCAACAUCUGUCCAAGACAACAUGUAGACUCCACCACAUGUGUCGCCUUCUCAGUCUUUGGACACCUUAGCAUCUACAGAAUCAUAGCAUAGUGGACAAUAGAGCUUGAUGCUCGUCUCACCAAGCCACACUCUAUCUUGAGCUCCAUCUUCUCGCACGGCCCACGCUCUCUUCUCAAAAUGUCUCUCCCGCCAUCGACUAUCCACAUCAAGAGGAAGGCCACGGACGACCCAGUUGAAUUUCUCCGUGUGCAUGAACUUAGUGGGAAACGACAGCGCCGCGCUACAGAAUUCGUAUUUACACGACAGCAGCCUACCGGUGAUGACUCGGCACCUACCUACGAUGCGUCUAACACAACACAAAAAGCUCUUCAAGGCCGGCAGAUCAAGCCAUUACCCGGUGCUUCCAGCUCUGCAUCUCUGAGUGCUCAGCAGAAAUCACAAGCAAGCCAACUGGGGAGCGGACUAGAACAUGGAGCUGGCGAGGUUGGGCCAGAUGCUCCUCCCUCUACAAACAGCCAGAGCGCUCAGCAACCCCCCAACGACGAUGGCACCCCCACGGCUCUUGAAAUCGCCCGGCACCGCCGCUUCCACAUAUCACGAAGCUCGAUCAGUUCCAGGACCCAGAGCCCAGUCCUAGGCGGGAAGAUCCAGAAGCGUACCCCCACCGUCUUCGUCGAACGACGAGCCCGCCGACGACCCUCUCGAGAUGGAACAACAACACCUCCCACGCAGCAACCCACGACGCCCACAACCCCCUUGCCCGAGCCCGCCCGACCGCAAAAGAAACCUGGCCUCGCCGCACGCGUACCAGCCAAGAAGAACUCUCAGAGCAGUCUAGCUCCGGCAGCCACUCCCAGCACGCCCGCUCGAAACGUCAGCUUGCCUUCGGGUCUCGUGAUGCCAUGGGACGUAACCUCGGAGCAACUGGCCAAGGAGAUGCAAGCCUACACGCUGCAAGAGAUUGGGCGCAGCAUCGCGGCCUCCGAAGCACCAACGCACCCUCCACCACCCCCAUCUCGGGCCACCCCGCGAAAGAGCACACCCUCUCGAUUCAAGCCCCGCAAGCCCGCCCUCCGCUAUCAAGAACGGCACCCUGAUGAAGUCGUCCCUACGACCCAUUCCGGUAUGGAUAUGGACACCGACGUCUCAGAAGCAGAAGAAGAGGAAGAUGAAGAAGAAGAAGAAGAAGAAGGCGAGUACGUAAUCGACACGUACAUCCGGAUCCCCACGACCUCCCUCCCACCCUCCAUCACAGCCAACGACCCAGAAUCAUCAUUCGGGCUUCUCGUUCUCGACUCCCAGCCCGACAUCGACGCCUUCUACCACUCCUCCUCGGACACCAACUCAGACCUCGACGACGAGGAGGAGGAGGACGAGAAUGCCGAGAAUCACUACUCGGCCGACUAUCCCGACGACGAGGUCGAUUCCGAUGAUGAGUUUGAUAGGAAUGUGUAUCGCUACCAUCAUAUGCAGGAGCCGGAGGACGAGGAGGGCUUUGAUGAUGCUACGUUUAGUGAUGAUGAGGAUCUGCAUAAGGGGGAUGAUGCGACGAGGUUUCCGUGGGGGAGGGGGAGGGGCUGGAUGGUAGGACGUGCGGAUCGAGAUGUGGAGGAGUUUUGAGAUUUGAGGGGUUUGAGCGGGAGCGGGAGCGGGAGCGGGAGUGGAGAGUAGGUGUGGGGUGCGAUAUGGAGAUGAUGUGGGGGUGGCAUUCCGAGGUCAGUGCACGCACGAUGAUCAGCUGGAGAUCUACCUAAUACCUCACCUCACCUCCUGUACGAUACGCACCACGAUGUAGAGUCAAAUAUAUGCCCGACGUUUCGUACAUACAU